ACCUUUAAACCAAAAAAAAAAAACUAAAAGCUUUGUUUUUUCUUUAAUCAAUGAACAAAUCUGGAGCUGCUGCAUCAAUGGCGUAAACUCAGGUUGGGUGGGUUCGGUUCUCCUUGGUAAAAAGGUUUGAGUGAACAAAGCCAUGGAUCUCAAUUUUGGAAAAUGCUGUGGUUCUAAGAAGAAGGAGUCAUGGAGGUCUGUUAUGCUUCUUGCUUACCAGAGUCUUGGUGUUGUCUACGGAGACUUGAGUAUCUCUCCUCUCUACGUCUUCAAGAGCACUUUCGCUGAAGACAUUCGUCAUUCCGAGACAAACGAAGAGAUCUUUGGUGUUCUGUCUUUUGUCUUCUGGACUCUUACUUUGGUCCCUUUGCUUAAGUAUGUCUUCAUUGUCCUUAGAGCUGAUGACAACGGAGAAGGUGGAACUUUUGCUUUGUACUCACUCAUCUGCCGUCAUGUCAAAGUUAGCCUCCUCCCAAACAGACAAGUGGCUGAUGAGGCGCUGUCCACUUAUAAACUGGAGCAUCCGCCGGAGAAGAACCAUGACUCUUGUGUGAAGAGGUAUCUUGAGAAGCACAAGUGGUUACACACUGCUUUGCUGCUUCUUGUUCUUCUUGGGACUUGUAUGGUCAUUGGAGAUGGUCUUCUCACUCCAGCUAUCUCCGUUUUCUCUGCUGUGUCAGGUCUUGAGAUGAACAUGUCUAAAGAACAUCACCAAUAUGCAGUGAUUCCUAUAACAUGCUUCAUACUGAUCUGCCUUUUCGCGCUUCAGCAUUUCGGAACACACCGUGUUGGGUUUGUCUUUGCGCCUAUUGUCCUCACAUGGCUGCUCACUAUAAGCGGUAUAGGCUUGUACAAUAUAAUACAGUGGAACCCUCAUGUGUACAAAGCUCUUUCUCCUAAAUACAUGUUCAUGUUCCUGAGGAAGACUAGAGUAAGUGGGUGGAUGUCUCUGGGUGGGAUCUUGUUGUGUAUAACCGGUGCUGAGGCCAUGUUUGCUGAUCUUGGUCACUUCAACUACGCUGCAAUUCAGAUUGCGUUUACCUUCUUGGUGUAUCCAGCUCUUAUAUUAGCCUACAUGGGACAAGCUGCUUACCUCUCACAGCAUCACAACUCUGCUCACGCGAUUGGAUUCUACAUCUCUGUGCCAAAAUGUGUGCAUUGGCCUGUGCUUAUGAUAGCCAUUCUUGCUUCCGUUGUGGGAAGCCAAGCUAUCAUCAGCGGCACUUUCUCAAUCAUUAACCAAAGCCAGUCUCUUGGAUGCUUCCCUCGCGUCAAAGUCAUUCACACUUCAGACAAGAUCCAUGGUCAGAUCUACAUACCGGAGAUUAACUGGAUGCUCAUGGUUCUCUGCAUUGCUGUUACUAUUGGUUUCAGAGAUGUCAAACACCUUGGAAAUGCAUCAGGUUUGGCUGUAAUGGCAGUGAUGCUAGUAACAACAUGUCUAAUGUCAUUAGUCAUAGUCCUAUGCUGGCACAAGCCACCGAUCCUAGCCCUCCUUUUCCUCCUCUUCUUCGGAUCAAUAGAGCUUCUCUACUUCUCAGCCUCACUAACCAAGUUCCGCGAAGGCGCGUGGCUCCCCAUCCUCCUAUCCCUCUUCUUCAUGAUCAUCAUGUUCGUCUGGCACUACACCACCAUCAAGAAGUACGAGUUCGAUCUCCAGAACAAAGUCUCCUUAGAAUGGCUUCUCGCGCUAGGUCCGAGCCUAGGCAUCUCUAGAGUUCCGGGUAUAGGUUUGGUCUUCACCGACUUAACCUCAGGGAUCCCUGCGAACUUCUCUCGGUUCGUCACAAACCUCCCUGCCUUCCACCGAGUCCUCGUCUUCGUCUGCGUGAAGUCGGUCCCUGUCCCUUUCGUUCCAGCUGCUGAGAGGUACUUAGUGGGCCGUAUUGGGCCUGUCGACCACAGGUCUUACCGCUGCAUCGUCCGGUACGGUUACCGUGACGUCCACCAAGACGUGGACUCGUUUGAGACGGAGCUUGUGACCAAACUUGGUGACUUCAUACGUUACGACUGGCACAGAAGAACAACGCAAGAGGACGACACGGUCCGGUCCAACGAGUCCUCGAGCGAGUCGAGGUUGGCUGUGAUAGGAACAGUAGCGUACGAGAUAGAAGAGAAUCUCCAGCCAGAGAGCGUGUCCAUCGGAUUCACGACCGUUGAGAGCAUGGAGGACGUUAUAGAAAUGGCGGCGCCAUCGACAACCACCGUUAAACGCGUUAGGUUUGCUGUUGAGGAAGAAGAUAGGUACGAGGAGGAUGAGGAAGCGGAGGCGGAGCUGAGGAGCGAGCUGAGGGAUCUGUUGGCGGCGCAAGAGGCGGGGACGGCGUUUAUAUUGGGGCACUCGCACGUGAAGGCGAAGCAAGGGUCGUCGGUGAUGAAGAGGUUGGCUGUUAACUUCGGUUAUAAUUUCUUGAGGAGGAACUGUAGAGGACCUGACGUGGCGCUCAAGGUACCGCCGGUUUCUCUUUUGGAAGUUGGGAUGGUUUAUGUUAUUUGAGUGUUAUUAUAAGAAAAACAAAACUCUAGUUCAUGUGUUGUAAAUUGGUGAUGUUUUUAGCUUUUGAGUUGUGGUUAUACUUUUCGGACGUUAUCGUUGUGUUUGUGUCAGUUUGGGUGUCGUCAAACUUUCAGCAAAACUUUUGUCCGAAAACUUGUUUAGAAAACAAUAUUAAGUUGAUUUUAUGGGAGAGUUGAAGUCCGUUAGUA